AGCCCGAGCCGGCCCCCCGCGCAGUCAUGAGCCCGCGCCCCUCGGCCCCCCGGCGCCGGCGGCUGCUGCUGCUGCUGCUGCUGCUGCUCGGCGGCGCGGUCGGCCGGGCCGAGGCGGAGUUUGAAACCGAAAGUCCCGUCCGGACCCUGCAAGUGGAGACCCUGGUGCAGCCCCCCGAGCCCUGCGCGGAGCCCGCUGCUUUCGGAGACACGCUGCACAUACACUACACGGGCAGCCUGGUGGACGGACGCAUUAUUGACACUUCCCUGACCAGGGACCCUCUGGUUAUAGAACUUGGCCAGAAGCAGGUGAUCCCAGGUCUGGAGCAGAGCCUUCUAGACAUGUGUGUGGGAGAGAAGCGAAGGGCAAUCAUUCCUUCUCACUUGGCCUAUGGAAAACGGGGAUUUCCACCAUCUAUCCCAGCGGAUGCAGUGCUGCAGUUUGAUGUGGAGCUGAUUGCACUGAUCCGAGCCAACUACUGGCAAAAGCUGGUGAAGGGCAUUUUGCCUCUGGUAGGCAUGGCCAUGGUGCCAGCCCUGCUGGGCCUCAUUGGGUAUCACCUAUACAAAAAGGCCAGCAGACCUAAAGUCUCCAAAAAGAAGCUCAAGGAAGAGAAACGAAACAAGAGCAAAAAAAAAUAAUAAAUAAUUUUUUUAAAUGUC